GCAAAUCGGGGCGGAUGUGAUCUCCUACAAUGCGGCCAUCAGCGCUUGCAAUGCAGGUGGUAUGUGGCAGCAAGCGGUGGACCUUCUGAUGAGCUUGGACGAGUGCAUGAUCCAGGCUGAUCGAAUAUCCUACAACGCCGCGAUCAGCGCCUGCGAAAAGAAUCAGGAAUGGCUACUGGCUUUGCGGCUUCUACUGCAGGCUGGAGAGCGCC